CACACAAACAUAGACUAUAAGAGCAACACCAAUUAUUAUGAGCAGUUGAGCACCGUCAAAUGAUAGCUUAAUUAUUGUUGGUUACAUUACAUAGAGUCACACUCAAAUCAGUCAUCAGCAUCAAAUUGAGAUGGGUGGCAGUGUUAGUAAGAGUACUAGGAAGAGGAGAUUCUCAGAAAAAUAUGUAACGAAUUUGAAGGAGAAAGUGAUGGUUCUCCAAGAAGAGAUAAAGGACGUGAUGUAUGAGAGGGAGAAGGAGAGUAGAAGCUACGAGAGAGAGAUAAUGGUGUUCACUUUCAAGGAGGCAGAUUGGAAGCAAGAAGGGAAAAGAAUGAGGGAGGAAGUGAAGAUGCUAAGGAAGAUGGUUGAGGAGAAAGAAGAGAGGAUAAGAGAUUUGGAAGAGAAGAGUAAGAAGGGUAGUAGAAGUAGUAGUGAUGAGAAAGAGUGGGAGCAAAUGGAGACAAAGCUAUUAGUUGAACAGAUGAAAGAAGAGAGAGUAAGAAGAGAUGAAGCUGUUGAGAAGUGGAAGCAUCUCUAUCUUGCUAUCAAGACUGAGCUUGAUGACCUCAUUCACAGGACAUAUCAUGGGGACGGUCUAUAUUGGAAGGCAGAGGAAAAGGAGAUCCAAAUGGAAACUAUGAAGAAAGAACUUCAAGACAAGGAAGAAACAAUCAAAGCAUUAAAAUCUCAUCUCGAUUCGUUGGAGCAAGAGAAGUACAAAAAGGAGAGAGAAUUUGACUUGUUAAGGCAAAGCUUGAGGAUCAUGAAUGGCAAGAAGUGUUCAGUUCAUAAGAAAGAGAAGAUCAAGAAAAGUAGAUUGGGAACAUGAAAUUCAACUAUAUGGACCACAGGCUUACAUGGACCACAAGGGUUAUAUCCAAAAUUUAGGAGGUAUAUGGGGUUGCUUUGUAUCUUGCAUAUGCUAUUUUUUUUUUUUUUUGGGGUAAAUUAUCAUUUUAGGUUAGCACUCGAAAUAUUUUAAUUUUAAUAACAUAAU